GAGAAGGGGAGGAGUCCAGCGCUUUUAUUCCGUCGCCCUCCGAGCACCGCAAAAAAAAACUACCCAUUUUCUCUUCGCUUCGCCGCCUCUCUUGGCCCCCGUAGAGCGUUUUACGGGAUGCCAGGAGGCGACAUGGCAAAACCACUGCUAGAUCAUCAGAACGCGGACAGUAAUUCAAGCCUGGCCCCGGCUGCUGAGAGCAGGACAAUUGGGAUUCUGGGAAGUGGUGACUUUGCACGCUCCCUGUCUAUGCGCCUGGUCUGCUCAGGUUUCAAAGUGGUGGUUGGAAGCCGGAACCCGAAGCGCAACGCGAGCCUCUUUCCUUCAGCAGUUGAAGUAACAGUCCAGGCAGACGCCAUAAAGAAGGCAGAUAUCGUCUUUGUGGCAAUUUUCAGAGAACACUACACCACACUCUAUGACCUCAACAGUGAGCUUUCUGGCAAAAUACUGGUGGAUGUUAGCAACAAUGCUGAAAUAAAUCAUCACAAAGAAUCAAAUGCAGAGUAUCUAGCCUCACUCUUCCCAGCCUGCACUGUGGUCAAAGGAUUUAACGUCAUUUCAUCCUGGACCUUGCAGUCAGGUCCCAGAGAUGGGAACAAGCAGGUCUUCAUUUGCUGUGACAACCAAGAAGCCAAGCAGGCUGUUGCUGAAAUUGCUCACGCCCUGGGCUUCACCCCUGUGGACAUGGGUGCCUUGUUCUCAGCUCGGGAAAUAGAGAAUAUUCCCCUGAGGCUCCUCCCUGCCUGGAAGAUUCCCGUCUUCUUGGCCCUGGGUCUCUUUCUCUGCUUCUACACCUACAACUUCAUCCGGCAAGUCUUACAUCCGUACAUUCGAGAGAAGAAGAACAAAUUUUACAAGAUCCCUGUGGAGAUCGUCAACACCACCUUGCCUUGCGUUGCUUAUGUCAUGCUGUCCCUAGUCUACCUGCCUGGAGUGCUCGCGGCCAUCUUUCAGCUGUACCACUGCACAAAGUACCGGCGUUUUCCUGACUGGCUUGACCAGUGGCUGCAGCACCGGAAGCAGAUAGGCCUGCUGAGCUUCUUCUGUGCAGCGCUGCAUGCUGUCUACAGCCUUUGCCUACCCAUGCGUCGGUCCCACCGGUAUCUGUUACUCAAUGAGGCGGUCAAGCAGGUGGAGAAGAAAACAGAUGCCUGGGUGGAGGAGGAAGUCUGGAGGAUGGAGAUUUACAUCUCUUUUGGCAUCAUGGCUCUGGGCUUGCUCUCCUUACUUGCCAUAACCUCACUUCCAUCCAUCUCUAACUCUCUCAACUGGAGGGAAUUUAGCUUUGUUCAAUCUACCCUUGGUUUUGUUGCUCUGGUGAUCAGCACACUCCACACCUUGACUUAUGGCUGGACAAGAGCCUUUGAUGAAAACCAAUACAAGUUUUACCUGCCUCCCACUUUUACCCUCACUCUCCUGGUACCGUGCACCAUAAUCCUAGCUAAGCUCUUUUUCCACCUUUCUUGUAUGAACCAAAGACUGCAGCGCAUCAGGAACGGGUGGGAGAGGAGCAGGUAUGUCAACUUCACUUUGCCAAGAGCAUCUGGGGAAUUUUCCAGUGGAGAAAGCAGCAGCACUGUGUGAUGCUGAACUUCUGUUUCCAUUACAGUUGUGAAGAAGCAUUAUGAUUCUGUUUUUACUGUGUGGGUGUUUUUUUUAAAGCCUGUCUGUCUGGUAUCGUUAAAUGGUGGGCAAUACCUUAUUCCAGGUGUUUCAGGAGAAAGUUAUCAAACAGAGCGAGUCUGCACAUUUAGAAUGCACUGGUAAUUACCUAGGUUAAAAAAGGUUGCCUUAAAACAUCAGUGCAGAAUUUUCAGUUACACUAUUGAAAGAUACGUAAGAAAAUGGUCUGCUCCUUCAACGUAAGGGUAGAACAGAACACUGGAAGCACUUUGUUUUUUCCUCACAGCUGGCAGUCCUUUUUCUUAAGGCUGCAGUCAGACACACACUCACGAUUAACAUUUGGACUUCCUUCUGAGCAGAUGAUUGCCGUAGCUUCUUCUACAGAACAUUUAGUGUGCUAAUGUUGUUCACUAAUAGAUUGGCUAAGGAGAUUGAUUCUCUAGCAAACAAAUUAUGUUAAAUUCUGUGAAAUUAACUUUCAGCUAUAUGCCGUGUCAGCUCCCUUAUCAACCAAACGAUAAGAACUAAUUUUCACAAAUUCUCACUUAUUCCUUCCACUUCUUCCAUAACUUUUCAGCAUAAUAUUAUUUCUAUAUACAACAUAGCAGGGGCAAAAAAACUAUGGGGCUACAAUAUCAGCUGUUACGGAGACAGAACUAAAAUUUAUAUAUAUACUUAGCUGCAACAUAUAAUUUUAGCCACAUUUUUCUUACACACUUACGUUCUUUGAUUCUUCUGAGUAAGCGCAACUGUAAGUAUGCUGCAGAUCAAUGAUACCCAGCCUGUAAACUGGGGACCACUGGUGCUCCCUGGUGUGAGUACUGAGGGGGAGGGGGACAGAGGGAGGGAGGGAAGGAGGGAGGGAGGAAGAGAGAGAAAGAAUGUAUCCUAGCCAAAAUCUUGGGAGAUCACCAGGUCUCCCAAGAUUUUGGCAUUCUUGCAUAUAACCUCAUGAGUUUUAAGAUGUCAUGAUCGAAUAGUAGUCUGAGACUGGAUCUGUUCUCAUGUAAAAAAAAAAAAAAGUUGAGGUGCUGCAGAUGCCAAAGUGUCCACAGAUGCUACAUUACAGUAGCCUUUAAAAGCAUUUUGAUGACACAGUAAAUCCACAUAAAGGAAAACUUUGAAACUGCUACUCUAGAUCAUUGUCCUUUAGCACAACCAGUGAGAUAAAAUGAACUUUAGAUUCCUUUUAUACUUAAUGUUAGCAAAAGCUGCUUUUCCUUUCCAAAGAGAUAGCCAUGAGGUUAGAUGUAUGCCAUUCUGAAUAUUUUGUCCUGUGUUUUAACCCUGUAGCUCUUUCUGUCAUUCUCUUUUGUUUCCUCAUUGUCUCAGCCAUGGGGUAACACAGAGGGAAGGGCUUGCUUUUCCUGAAUAGUUUGGGUAAGCUACUUAGAACAAUGCUUGAGUGAGGGCUCUUCUUUCCUCAAUUAUCCAUGGCAGCACCAGACAAAUGGGGACAGGAACCACACAAAGAAGAUAAAGUUUGGCCUAUUAACUGGCCAGGUGGCAGCAGCCGUGUAUCAGCAAACUAUCUGUACACAUGAUCAAGGAGAAGUUACUUAAUACAACACUUUGAAUUAUCUUACAACUUUGAAGAAUGAAGUGUUCCAGCACUAUAUUACUGCAUGCAUACUUUGUUAAUUGGUGGCUGUACAUCCACCCAGCCUCUGUGUUGUGAUGCCAAUACUUUGUCUAGUAAAAUAAUUUUAGAUUCAAUGUGAACUUUAAAAGCAUUAGAUGGGGGGCAGUGGAACACAUAAGAAUUGGUUCUAAAAAGACGUAGUUGCCACAUAAUCCAAGGAGAAGGUAGAGGUGCUUUAAAGAGGUGUUCUGUCUACUCCAGAACAUCUUUUUAGUAUGAAUUGAAAGGGCUGAACAGCCCCACUACAAAUAAUUUGUUUGCCAAAUCUCUCAACUCUGAAGGUGUGCAGUGAUCCAAUGAAGAACUUAGCCAUACCGUCCAGACAUCUAGAGCAGGAUUUGGGGCUUCUGUUCUGCUGCUUGUUCCAGAUUUUGAAGUCUGCAUUUACAGUAGUUGGAACAGAGUCCUACUGCCAAACCAUAUGGCCUGGGUCAUACACAUCACUGAAGUACAAGAUGAUAAUAUGAUGUUUGGCUUAGUUUCAUAUAUAAACCAGGUCACUCUUAUUUUUUCAACAAACAAGAUUAAAAUCCUGGCUGUGAAAUAGACUAUUGAGAUUCAGGUGAGUUCACAGAAGGCCCAAUGACCUGCAGGACCCACAAACCCUCAUAAGGUGGCAUUUGAUUUAUCUUUGCCAGCAUCUGUGUUACACAUGGAGUCUGGAUGGAGUUAUGUAUGGAAUCCUAUGUGCAUGUGUUCCAACAUUAUAUAUAUAGAAUAUAAUGUUCGAACAGCCACACGUAGGAUUCCAUACUUAACCAGACCAAUUUCUGUUGAGGUUGGCACAGCUAAGCAAAGACUAUAAAGUUAUGUAGCAAAGAUUUUCAGGUAACCUUCCAUAAAUUGGUCUUGAGCCAUCGUUCCCAUGGAAGCCGGCAGCCAGAAAUGUAAUUAGUUAUUUCACAAGCUUGGCAUGGAUCUUUGCUAGAAAUAACUGCAAAGUAGCAACAAGAAUCAGCUGUAAGGCUUGAAUAACAUUUCUUUACCUGCUGUUUCAAUCUGGUUCUUGUCUGCCUGUGUCUGGGAUGCUAGAAAUGACUAACAUUAGGAUUGUGACAUUUUGAGUUUCUAAAAAAAAAAGUGUUCUGUGUCACAAUAACUAAGCCAGUUUUAGAUACACUUUGAGGGGCUUUCUCACAGAUAGAAACUAAUGAGUGGGGUGAAGGUUGUACUUAUGUACUAGGGCUCUGCAGAACCUCCAGAAGAGGUGCUUUGUUGCCUGCAGAAGUGCAUACAAAGCACCAUUCUGCAUCAUUAAAGCAGCUGUAUCACUUGCAAGGUUGUGUGCAUAUGCUUGGUUCACUCUUCAGUGAAGCAAAGUGGUUAGGCAUACCAAGCGUACAGAGAUGGUGGGGAGCAGCUUCCAAGCCAGCUAUGCAGCCCCUCCAAAUAACACGGUUGCUUUAGCAAUUCAUGAAGAGGUGCUCUGUAUACGUUCCUGCCUAUUUCAAAUAAUUGUCACGUGCAUCUUUCUGAACCUGGAUGUCCCCCCAACACGUGGACAUCAAUUCCCAGAAUUCUCCAGCUGCCACGACCAUUGCUGAAAGAGCACUCAGAUUGGUGAAUAUCGCCUAAAAUAGUUACUAAGAAAACAGUGCAAGGGUUGACGACUUUGUCCCUGAUGGCUAGAAAUGAGAUGGUGGCAUCCAGCCUACCCAGAUGUCUAUCAAAUAGCAUAGGAACCCUUGUUAAACAGCCAGUCCAGCCCAGGCCUUUUGUAUACAGCGUAUAUAAGAUAUACAGUCCUGGCAAGUACAAUUUGAUAGAUCAUUUGUCCCUAUUAUCCAAAGAUGCCCAUACAGUUAUUACAUUAGUAGUUGACUGCUGCCAAGAACUUCACGUAUAAAUGUUGCUGAGGCAAAGCAUCAGAACUUUUAUGUGAAACAUUCCUGCCUGCAUGAAGCAUUUUGAAAGUGACUUUGAUUUUGUUACAGAAACCAGCCACGUUCUCUCUCUCUCUCUGGUCACAAUAGGAAACACAACCCCUUUGUAAAUAGUUUCUGCAUUUUUAACCAAUCAGUAUUGGGACAGAAAGGUUUAUGUAAUGCUAGCUUGAAGAUUAUUUUUAUAUCUAUAUUCUGUAUGGAUAUCUGCUGCAAAACUGAGAAAUUGAAACAUACUGCCUAUAUCUAUGUUUUCUGCACUGCCUAAUUUGUGCCUUGGGAAUUGUAAAGUUACCAUCCUGCUUUACAGUGGACAUUUUAUUAAUCCUGUUGUCAUACUGCAAAAAAUGUAAUCAGGAUAUAUCUAUGAACUGAUGCAAAGAACCUGCUCUCUUUUUUCUUAUUUGCAGUAAAAGGCUAUUUCUAGAUCUC